GCUCCGGCCUUAUAUCCCCCUGAGGCCCCCACUUUACCUGGCUCAUCAACCAACUUCCAUCUACUCAUUUACGAACACAGUUUACGACUAAUUUCAACAUCCAACCAUUCAACAAUGUCGCACAUUACAAGCAGCUCAGCCCGAGCUGUCGUACUGCUAUCAUUGGCUUUGUUAGCCUCUGCUCAGAUUGACGGAGGGUACUACGAUGACGGAGGUUCUGUUACAGCGCGAGCGAUAGCAGGCAUCAUUGUCGGCAUCAUUAUCGCAUUACUCGUAUUGAUCGUCUGCAGUCUAUUCUAUCGCAGACGUAGACAAGUAAUGUCGCUCCCCAUCGAGCAGCGGCCUGUGCAAACCGGCGGCUACAACUACUUCUUCAGCCGCCCCGUACGCCCGCGGGAUGACUCGUACCUGGGUGAUAACAAUCCCCCGCCGCCUACAGUUCCAGGCUACCAACCCCCCAUUUAUGAGCCGCCUCCGCCUUAUCAACCUAAGAACACCUUCCAGGGCGAGACAACAGAGGCGACUCCUACGCAGCCUGAGGUCCCACCGCCGCCGGCAGAAGAUGCGGGAGAAAACACCCAUUAUCCCCCCGGAGAGUACCCUCCUCCUCCGGGCACGCCGCCGCCGCCUCCGGAAACGCCGCCUCCUGCCCACGUUAGUGACAAUAGCUCACGCUUCGGGUGGUUUAGGGGACGCCAAUAGGCGCAUGCCAUUGAAUUACCCAAACUUUCAGUGUUUUGUCAUUGAUAUCCAUCUUGCCAUGAUGUUUGUGCCACGACUUUGUGCUUCCUCGUAUACGAUACCACAGUGCUUAGAUCAGCACGACAUUGCAUGUACAUUGUAGCCAGUAGUCGUCUGUCCUUCACGCCUUGUACCCAAAUGUUAAUCUACUCUCCAAUUAAUCCGUGGUCUUACUCUUAUUAGCUGCCUACCAUUUGGUUCACUUGCAGGGUCACUGCUCGUGUAGCUGCUAGAGGCUUUAAUGAGUCGGUGGCUGUAGCGCUAGUCCAAUUAGGAAGGUCACUACUUUCGAACCG